CGUGGAAUUCAUAUUCAGCUCUACCAACAACAGCCUCGCAUACAGUCACGAGCCAUGAUGUAUCCAGUGAGGACGAAUUGCCAAUAUGUAUGGUGUACCCAGAAUCGCUACCGAUGGAACUAUCGGCCUACAGGUAGAAAAGCCUGUUCAUGGCAACAUUUAAUUACUUGGUAUGUGAUAGGACUGAUAUUGCAUUUUCAUGCCUCUCUACCAACACCUCCUCCCGAAAUCAGCACCCACACAACGGAGUUACCAACACCUCCUCCUGAAGCGGUAACUCCUGAUAUCUCGUCCACUACACGAUUCCUGCGUCCUGAACGGAAGCAGACGAAUAGAACAAAGUUCUUUAAUCCUUGUCCAUCCGGACGUCCACUGAUGAACGAGUACGAAACUCCGAUCACUUGCAACUAUCUGAACCGACCGAAUGGGGGCUGCCCAGAAGACUAUUGGUGUCACACAGGAGCAAGCUUCUCCACUACAUCUUGCUGUCCUCGCACUGAUUCCGAAGAUCAAUGCGCGAUGCGCCGAGAUACUGGCGAAGGCAAUGAACUUGUGGCCAGAUGGUACUACGACAAAAACGCUAAGCAGUGUCGCCGGUUCCUCUACAAGGGUCUACGAGGUAAUAUGAAUAAUUUUGUGACGAAAACCCAAUGUGUGGACGCGUGCGAGACAGUUGCCCCUGUCGACAAUACCAAUCCAUGCCGUUUUGGAAGCCCGGCCAGACAUACAAAUCAGUCGAAAGUAUUAUGUGGUCCGAACGAUGCAACCUCAUGUCCUGCAAACUACUACUGCCAUCUUGGCGAGGAUCCACUGACUACCGUGUGUUGCGAGUCAAGUGGAGUGACUGAUCCAUGUCUCUUAACUUUGAACGUUGGACAAGGAAAGGCUAUGCUGAAAAGAUACUACUACAACACAUUUUCAAAACACUGCGUUGAGUUUGUGUAUCGCGGAACGAAAGGAAACGAAAACAACUUUUUGAGCAAAAAACAGUGCCAGGAUACUUGCCAGAAAUGGAGUAAUCCGUGUCCAACUGAAAUUAACUUUGAAUCGAAAAAAGAAUGUUCUCUGAAUGGUACCGAAUGUAGCGCCGACGAAUGGUGCCAUAUUGGGUCAUCACAAACGACAACAGUCUGUUGUCCAGGAGCCUCGGCGGAUCCGUGCUCCCAGCCGUUCGAGCUUGGUGAAGGCAGUAUGGAGCUGCCUCGUUGGUACGCUGACCCACACGACCAGUCCUGCACAAGACAGUGCAAGCCCUUCCUGUACAAAGGCGCCAAAGGAAAUCAGAACAACUUCCUCACAAAAAUGCUUUGUGAGAGGAAAUGCAAACGUGAAUGCAAAUCCCCAUGCGGUACCGGAAUAAUGCUCCUCACACCGGCGAAAGAACCUCGACUGUGUAGCCCGACUUCCCCGUGCCCUCAGUCGCAUUGGUGUCACGUUGGACUUACGCCAGAGACAACCGUCUGCUGUUCGACCGUGCCUAACACUUGUGAAUUGCCAUUGAUGAAAGGUGUUGGAAGUUCGCAUUUGACUCGUUGGCAUUUUGACAGCAACAAAAAGAAGUGCGUCAAGUUCAUCUACAGUGGUGAAGGAGGAAACCAGAAUAUGUUUCUCACACAAGAUGACUGUCAAGCUAUCUGUCCGGUAUACGAGAACCCAUGCGGCACCGGUAAACCUCUACUGAUAGGCAGUGUGCCAAAAAUUUGCAGUCCUGCCCAACGAUGUCCUUCUACACACUUUUGCCACAUCGGAGUAGAUGGCUCGGAUAACUAUUGUUGCCCCAAAAACGGUGAUCCAUGUGCCCAAGAGUUAGCUGUCGGGGAAGGAAUGUUCGCUCUGACCAGGUACUACUAUGACAAGGAAACUCGUAGAUGUCGAGAGUUCGUCUAUCAGGGUACGAAAGGGAAUGCCAACAACUUCCUCAGCCUCGAAGACUGUGAACUCGUUUGCCCAGUGCUGCCCAACCCAUGCAAACUUGGUGAGCCACUAAUGAACGCACUAAAAGAGCCGAUUAUUUGUGGUGGAGAAGACUCGUGUAUUAAUGGAUAUUGGUGCCAUGUGGGUGGAAGCCCCGAAACUACGAAUUGCUGUCCGGGAACUCGUCGACCAUGUGACCUGCCAUUGGAAACCGGCCAGGGGUCCGAAAGUCUGGAGCGAUGGUUCUACGAUGGUGGCAUUCAGAUGUGUCGAACAUUCACCUAUAAAGGAAUGAAAGGCAACGCAAACAAUUUCCUCACCAAACAGGCGUGCAGGCAAGCAUGCAAAGAGCUCAAUCCCUGUGGUUUUGGUGAGCCUUUGAUUGGCACCGAUGACGAACGGGUACUUUGCACAGGAGGACAAAAGGUGGACAGUUGCCCACGUGGGCACUAUUGCCACGUUGGUGCCAGUGCACUCACAACCGUCUGUUGUCCGAAAAAAAAUAUCGAAUCGUGUGACCAACCAGUGGAUCAAGGGACAGGCGGAGAGGACUUGCCGCGAUGGUUCUUCGACAGAAAACAGAACAGAUGCGCUCCAUUCAACUACGGGGGCAUUGGUGGUAAUGAGAACAACUUCAUAAGUCAAACCACAUGCAGCGAAGCAUGUCCAGUAUAUCGUAACUAUUGCCCACAUGGAAUCCCACUGGUCGAAGGCAAUCAAGUCACACCAUGCGGCAUUGACAGAGGAUGUCCCGAAGGUUUUAUCUGUCACAUGAGUACCGAAUUCAAUGUUUCAGUUUGUUGCCAGGAUCCAGUUGACUUCUGCUCGGCACCUCGCGAUCCUGGACCAUGUACCAACUUCGAAACUCGUUACGGCUAUAACCCAUCUACGGACACAUGUGUUGAGUAUCAGUAUGGAGGAUGCGAUGGCACACUUAACAACUUCCACUCCCUUCAAAGAUGUACAGAAAUCUGCUGUAAGGAGUAUAGACGCAAGCUCUAA